UUAGAGCAGAUUUACCUACCAGGUUCUUGCACACUUGCUGCAUAGCAACAGGUUGUGUGCGCCACAUUAGCAUUCACCAUGGAGUAGGACAGAGAAGCAUUGAUCAGAAAUGGGAGCCAUUUCCUUGUGACCCUGUGGCGGGAUUUUGUCCUCCCAUCCUACAGCUGAGCUUCUGGCAAAGUCUGAACACCACAAUGUGAAGGGAACAUGCUUCAUCAUGACCUCUUAUAUCCUGUGGACUGUGUUUACAUGGACAUUCAAAGGGAUACUGUGCACCUGCAGGUUCCUCUGGAUAUGCCCGUAUAAUGCCAUCAAAUUCUUGCCUAGGGAGCGGCACAUUAAUGAAGACACAAGCCGACAGAAACAACUUGUGGGUACUGAAAGCAAAGGGUUUGCAGUCAUACCAGGCAGCCCGGACCAUGCAGGAGCUCUUCAUAAAAGGCUGACACAAACCGAAAAAGAGAUUCUGGCACUCAAGGCCAGGGUCGCCUGUGAGAAAGCAUCAUGGGAAAGGAGGUUUACGCAGCUGCAGAGAAAGCACGAGGACCUAUGUAAUCAGUUGGCUGUGUUGGUGAGAGGGGCUGGUUGUGAUGAAGAGUCUGUGGGGGACAAUGGUGAAUCACUUGAGGACAGUUCAAGAGGUCUCUCAAGACUGAUGCGCCAACACAAAGGGUCUGACGUGUCAUCGAGAGGCGACGUUUACGCAGGCAGCCAGUUCUACUCAUCAGUGACUCUGAGCCCAAGACCUUCCUCUUCCUCAUCCUCCUCAGCCUCCAGUGUGAGGUCCUGGAGGACUUCCAAAGGUCCUCACCGGGUUUUUGUUCCCCAUUCCCCCAUGGACCUGGAGCUGGGUCACCGGGUCAGGAUCAUGCUGCCGUCCGGAAGGAUCAGCACGGGAACGAUUUGUUUCCUGGGCCACCUGCAGGGGGAGGCAGAUCUCCAUCUUGGGGUGGAGCUGCAGACACCUGAUCAUGGAUUGCAUGACGGCAGCCACAGGGGACACAGCUACUUUGAAUGCAAUCCUGGCUAUGGCGCCUUUGUACCAUUCCACAAACUACUGAUGGCCUGGGAGUGACAGAAUUACAGACUCCUCAUUUAGAGGCAACUGGAUGUAUGGCAAGAUGGCCAAGAAAAAGCAAAAGACUAGUUACAUUAAUGAAUAUAAAUCUUUGUAUCAAAGUAUCUACAAAAAAGUGUGUAUUGUCUUUUAUGUUAUUCCCA